AUGGCGCAAUUUAAUACAGCUCAGUCAUCAAAUAAUGAAAGUCUUAAGGAUCUAUUUGAUGAUGCUAUGAAGUUAUUUAACAACAUAGAAAAUGGCAAAGAAGCCACCAAUAGUGAUCCGGUUCAGAUGAGCAUAAGAUCAGCAAUAUCAAAGUUAGAGAAGGCUACAAAUUUAGUUUCUCUGACUGAAAUGUUCAGCAAGAAUGAAAGUUUUGACGAAUUGCCAACAGAGUCAUUGCAGUACUUACUGCUGCCAGCACUACUUGGCACUUUAACAUUGAAGAUGUGUGGUAGGCCCAGAAAAGAUGUUGUUGAUGUUGCUGAGAUUUACUUUAAGGAUUUUUUAACAAGAUGCAAGAACUAUGGCCUUACUGACUUGGAGAUACCACAGUGCAGUGAAGACAGCCAGACAAUAAUAAGCAGACCACAAAGUGAACAAGCAAAGAUAGUCAGCAUGGUUCAAACACGAGAAGCUAAGAUCAAGCGGUACAAGGAGGCAAAAGAACUAAAGGACAAACUGGCAAACUUGACCAAAGCAAUGUCAUUGCCUAGUGUUGAUGAGGAGACCAAACGAGAGUACUCUAAGACAAUGUUGCUAAACUAUGUAAAUCAAGCAUUUGACGAGCUGGCUAGCAUUGAACAAGAGAAGCCGAUCUUAGAAUAUAUGGCAAAGCACAGUGGAGAACCAAAGCCAAAACAAAAGGAGAGAUCAACUCCUCUGAAGCCUGUGAUCAUAACUCGAGAUGCAAUACAAAAAGCGGUAUUUGGAGCUGGGUAUCCUUCGCUGCCUACAAUGACUGUGGAGGAGUUCUACGAUAAAAGGGUUAAAGAGGGAACGUUCCCAGGCCCCGCUAUACCACAUACCAGGAUAGAAACUGCAGAGCAUGAUGCAGACGAGGCGGAGGAGAUUCGGAAGGAAAGGCUGAUAGAAGAGGACGACCCAGAAGAGUUGGCUAGACAACGUAAUAUGGACGAAUAUAAAGAUGAUCAUCGCCGCGGCUGGGGCAACAGAUAUAACAGGAGU